GCUUUACCUAACUCACAGCUCCAGAGGCAGGGAAACACACCCGUCAGCAGCGCGCAUUGGAGAUAAAAAAAAGCGCAUCACGGACAAAGGAAAUAUGGGUGCGCUAGAGAGGGUUCAUCUCCGCCGGGUAGCACAAUGGAUGAGCUGCUUGUGCUUCUUUUACCGGGAGACCAAUUAGCCCACCUUAAUGAGGUGCUGGGACGCAAGAUACUGCAAGCUAAACAGGCGGAAGGCUGCGUUUAAUCCGUCUGCGGAUCCUUUGAGCUUGCAAUGGCUGUGACGGGGAUAUGCAACUGGAUAGGGAAUAAUGUGCCUUUUUAUUUUGUGAUAUUUUCCUUAUUUUGUGGCCUUUCCUUUGGACAAUUGCGCUAUUCUGUUACAGAAGAGCUCGAAAAUGGGGCACUGGUCGGCGAUGUGGCGCAUGACUUGGGGCUGGAUAUUCGAAAGCUCUCCACCCGAAAAAUGAAGGUAACCUCCAGCAGCGGUAAACGUUAUGUGAUUGUCAACCCCAAAAAUGGGAAAUUACUUGUCAAUGAAAGAAUCGACAGGGAGGCACUGUGUGAUUUAUCCAACACCUGCCUCAUAAAUCUGGAGGUGCUGGUCGAAAAUCCCAAUGAGGUGCACCACGUUGAGGUGGAGAUUGUUGAUGCCAAUGAUAAUGCGCCGCAGUUCCCCAGAGACGAGUACCAACUAGAAAUCACAGAAUCUGCUUUACCUGGUUCUCGUUUCCAAAUUGAAAACGCUGAAGACCCAGACAUUGGUUCAAAUUCUGUUCGCAUGUAUCAGCUCAGCACAAACGACCAUUUCGCGCUGGUGUCCAACAAACCCUCCCUGAAUACAAAGCAUAUCGAGCUUGUGCUCAAAAAGCCCGUUGACCGUGAACAGACGCCUUACCACCAAUUUAUUCUAAGUGCUGUGGAUGGUGGGAUGCCAGAGAAAACAGGCACCGCCACAAUCAAUGUCCGAGUCCUGGACUCAAAUGACAAUGUCCCCACGUUUGACAGCUCAGUGUACAAGGUGAAACUGUUGGAAAAUUCAGCCAAAGACACCCUGGUUAUCCAACUGAAUGCAUCUGAUCUGGAUGAGGGCACAAAUGGAGAGGUGUAUUACUCUUUCAGCAGUUACACCCCUGAGAGAGUGAGGCAGAUGUUCAGCAUGAACACCAAUACUGGAGAAAUAAGAGUGAGGAGCAAUGUUGACUAUGAAGAGACCAACUCCUAUGAGAUGUACAUCCAGGCGAUGGACAAGGGCCCUGGUGCCGUGGCAGCACACUGUAAGGUGGUCGUAGAGGUGGUUGAUGUAAACGACAACGUUCCCCAGAUAGUGCUGUCAUCUCUGUCGAGCCCCGUGAGGGAGGAUGCCCGUGCAGACACCGUAGUGGCCCUUAUUAGUGUGACCGAUCAAGACUCUGGCGCUAACAAGCAGGUGAGCUUAGAGAUCCCAGCAGGCCUUCCUUUCAAGAUCAAGUCAUUCAGAAAUUACUACACUCUGGUUACCUCAGCCUUCCUGGACCGCGAGACCACUGCUGCCUACAAUGUCACUCUGAGUGCCACAGAUGGAGGGAACCCUCCCCUCUCCUCUCAGAAGACCAUACAGGUGGAUGUGGCUGAUGUUAAUGACAACCCACCCCGAUUUGAGCAGACUUCGUACACCGUCUAUGUGGGCGAGAACAGCCCUGGAGCCUCUUUGUGUACUGUGAAAGCUCAAGACGCAGACAUCAAAGAGAAUGCACGCAUCACCUACACAGUGCUCAAUGACAACAACCAUGGCAUCCCUGUCACCUCGUAUGUGUCUGUGAAGGCCGAUACAGGGGAGGCGUAUGCCCUGCGAGCCUUUGACUAUGAGUCACUGAGAGAGUUUCACUUCCAGGUCAAAGCCCAAGAUGGGGGCAUUCCUCCACUCAGUCGCGUCGCCACCGUCUACAUCUACGUAAUGGAUCAGAAUGACCAUGCACCACUGAUAGUCAACCCUCCCGGCAACGGCACACGCUCCUUGGAAACAGUGCAAAAGAACGCAGAGCCUGGUGUCAUGGUUACCAAAGUGGUGGCGUACGAUGCAGACGCAGGUCCAAAUGCCUGGCUGGUGUAUGUGCUGGAGACGGCCACUGACCUGGACCUGUUCAAGGUGCACGAACACACAGGGGAGAUCAGGACCACUCGGAGGAUCCUGGAGGACAACUCCACAUCUUUCGGUCUGACUGUUGUGGUAAAGGACCAUGGGCAGCCUAGCCUCUCCUCCACUGCCACCAUCAAUGUGGCUGUCAUGGAGGUGCCGCCCAAAGUGGCCCCUGACCCGAAGAGAAUCAUACGCCCCCACAGCACGCUGCUGUUCUCCAAUGUGACCCUCUACUUGAUCGUGGCUCUGAGCGCCACCACCUUUGUUUUCCUAGUCACUGUUGUGGUGCUGGCAAUCGUCCGUUGCCAUGCCUACUGCACCCAACCUGGAUCUUGCUCUCCUUGCUGUGUGUCGCAAAAGCCCCCUCCCGAUGGGGGGAGCAGCAGCGUGAGUGCUGGUGGGGUAGGCGGCGGAGGACCUGGAGCACAGCCCAAUAGCAAUGUGAUGCUUCGGAGAGACCUCAAAGUGGAGCCUCACUACAUCGAAGUGCGUGGUAAUGGCUCUCUAACAAAGACUUACUGCUACAAGACCUGCCUGACAGCCACCUCCGGCAGUGACACUUUCAUGUUCUACAACACGGGACGACCCAUCAGUGGCACCUGGGGCAGCGGCGCCGACCGCUUCUUCACCAAUAACAGUGGAUUUGUACGCAGACUGAGCAUGCCUGAUGCCUCCAUGCAACUCUGCCCAGAGCCGAAAGCCCCGAAUGCUGACUGGCGAUAUUCUGCAUCUUUGAGGACAGGGAUGCAGAGUUCGGUCCACAUGGAGGAGUCCUCUAUGGUGCAGGGGGCCCAGGGGAUGCUGGUCCAGAACUGGCCCACUGUGUCCAGUGCUGCAGAUGGAGAUGGUGGUGAACUCUCCCCCCCAGUGGGUGCUGGAGUAGACAGCAACAGCUGGCACUUCAGGUACGGCGCCUCCGGACAGGGCUACUACCCUCCUCAGCCCAUGAGGCCCGGAGAGAUUCAUCCUGAAGCCUUCAUCAUCCCCGGAUCCCCAGCCAUAAUUUCCAUUCGCCAGGACGCCGGCCCCGUGGAUGACAAAGGUGACUUCAUAAGCUUCGGCAAGAAGGAGGACGCCAAGAAGAAGAAAAAGAAGAAGAAGGACAAGAAAGACAAGAAGGAUAAGGGCAAGGAUGAUGAUGAUUAGAGGUGAAGGGGUGACUUAAAAACAGAGCUACCAACAAACUACCAUCCCAAUUACAGAGCCAGAAAAAACGCCAAAUACAUAUUGUAGAAACGAGGGAGCCUCCUUGCACCAUACUUGCAUAGACAUUGUACAGUGGCCAAACCCUCAUUAGAACAGGCCUGGCUCCCCACGUCAUAAGAACAAAUGUCUUGGCUCAUUUGAUCCAUAAAGUAGGCCUAUAAAAGUCUAAGGUUUAUGGUAAACAAAUGUUCUUAAUGGACAGACUUGAUCGAAAGGUUGGACCAAAUUCAAACAGAAAGGGUUUUAUUGGAUUAGAUUAGCCUUUCUGUGAUUUGCUGCCCCCUGCCCCACUUUAUACAAUAAAACAAAAACACCUGAAAAGGUGUUCUAUUUGUAUCUGACCAUUGUCAGCUGAGGCUGCCUGUGUUGGCUUCUCUGUCUUUAUGCAGCCCCCUUCCUUUUUGGCUAACCUACUUGGAGGUGAAGUGGAAGCCAAACAAAAAAAAUGAAACCGAGGCUUUUGUCUUCAGUAUUACGGAGGCCUUGUAGAAAUUCAGCAAAUGCGGUCUUUUGUAAAAAAUAAUAUGAAAAUGAAAAAGUAACAGCAUACAGUAUAUGUAUCAUGAGAUUAGCACCUUUAAGAGAUUGGGGUGGCUGAGACAAGUAGGACCACACUCUAACAAAGAGCUCUGUUUUUCAAUGUAAUAUAGCACACUGCUGAGGCUCAGGACUUGGACUAGGUUGCACCAACUAUGCGCACAUUUGUUCCAAGGUUAGGGUAUAAAGUAGUUUCUCCAUAACUGCUGGUUAAUUUGCUAUUAGCAAAUUACUCGAUUCGAUUGUACCAUGGGUAGUAAGCGGGCAACUCUACGGCUGUAAGUUAUAACCGAGAUUUCAGAUAAUUUGCCAAUCAGUAAUGGCAUUACCUCGCAGAUGGGUACAGGGUGUGUAGUUGACUAGAUUGGCAUAAAACAAAACGAUCGGCAAAUAACAUCCAUAUUUGACUUUUAAACGACAAGACUAGUUUUUGCAUGUUGCAGUCCAUCUUUUACGUCUCUGACGAUUUUUUAAAUUUGUUUUUGUGAGCCAUUGUCAUACUAUUGCCACAAAAAUAAAUGAGCUGAAACCCUGAAACUAUUUACCAUUAACAUAUGCAUUAAAGUGAACACAGGGUAUAGUUUACUGCAUUAUACAAUUUGGCCAGGUCUCAGAAAAUGUAUUUUAAUGGAAUGGAAUAAAAAAAAAAAUCUUAGUUCAAAAAUUGUCAUCAGUAAUGUGUCCUUGUGUAGAAAAUGUGCAGAAACAUCACUGUUAUAGUCCUUAAAAAUUGCAAAUUGGCAUGGAAUUACUGAAGAAGAAAGGAACAAUGUUAAAAAAAAAAUUGAAGUUCUGCUUUACUGUUAGUGAGUGCAAUUGUGUGACUUUGUAUCAUUUGCACCUGCUUACUUGCUUGCUUAACUAUUUAGUUGUGACUUAAGGUUAACAGAUUUUUGUGGUGCUACCGCUUGUGUUUUAGCAAUGCGUGGAUCGGGAUAAGUGGCUAACUUCGGAUAAAACUAGGGAACCUACGUGCAGCUGAUGCAACGGCACCUGACCAUGCCUAUUUUCUUGGAAUAUGGCACAGGUCAAUGGGGUCAUAAUCCCACUGUGUAUCAGCACAUUCAGACUGACAUUAUUGUACACAAACAUAGCCUCUUACUCACACAUACACACACACACUCUCUCUUACACACAUACAGAUAUACAGAAUACACAAAAAUAUACGAAAAGAACACUAACGGGAGGCCAAUGGCAACCUUAAUAUUGAGUGUAUUAUAUGGAUGGGAAGCAGGAUCGUUGCUUGUUGCUUCAUUUCUGUUCAAGCCUGUUCCCUCUUCUUCUGUCUUUGAAUGUUAAGUAGUUGUUAUUCAAGCCCUGUGCCACUGCCUCAACUGCUUCAGUGCUUGGAGCAUUUGCUUGCCCGCUGCCUGUUUCCUUGCUCUACUCCCGUUUCUUCGAAUCAACAUGGUUGGACGACAUUUCUCAUGGAAGUCAUUCUGCUUCAAUACCACAGAUAGAUACAUGCACAUAUAGUACACACACACAGACACAUCUUUUGUUAGGUUCAACUUCAGCUGAGCUUAGGAACCUUUCAGCCGAAGUGUCUCUGUCAUCUCUUGCAUAGUGCAUUGUUCGGAAAUCUGACAAGUUAGUUGAAUCUGGGUUGAUGCUGUACUGGAAAUGUUGAGACAAAAUGGAGAAGCAAAAGAAUAGUCAUUGUGCAUCUCCAACGUAGAAGAUGAGGAAACUGCAGCAGAGUUAAUUGGGCAGGUCAUUCCUCUUUCGCAUGAGCAGAGGCAUUGCAGUCAUUCUUCUGUCAGCCAUUAGUAAGAACUGAUAAAUGUGGUGUUGACUAAAACCAUGUACAAAAUACAUGCAGCGCAGUUCAGCAGCAGUGGAAGGAGGUUGACUUGUGGUUGACUUGGAAAGGGGGGAAUCCACUUUAUUGGAGGUGAAGGACAUUUUUAAGACAAUAAUCUCAGCUAGCAAGACCUUUGAAAGGAUACUUUUUGUCUUAAUUGCUGCACACAAUCGAUAGAAAUAGUGUUGCAAGGACAUGCUGUGCAGAAAGAACGUACAAGUUUCAUUGUUGAAGUGUGAACGGUGUAAAAGUGAUACGCUUUGUUUGGCCCUGACAUUGUGAAACCCAGGUGUGGCAUGGUAGCAAACAGUUUUAGAUAUUGGAACAGCAUUACUAUGAAGGAAAAGUGUCAUAAAACCUCACCUCAGUGUCCCUUUCUUUUAAACAUUGUCUUACCACUCACAGUAGGGAAAUGUAGGUGCUGCUCGGGCUCAAUCCCUCCCAUGCACAUGUGUUUUCCCCCCCUACCCCGUCCUUCAGGUGUACCUCUGUCAGAUCACCAAGUGGCUGUUUGCAUGUUAUAAGCAAAGGAAACAGAUAAUAUAGAGAUACUAUAUAUACAUAGAUAUGUUUUUCCACUGGGAGAUGCGUAUCGGAAUACAUAUACCUCUGAUACACAUUCUCAAAUACACACACACUGGAAGACCCACACACAUUCAUACAUACAUACAUAACUAUUGCGAACAGUAAUUCUGUGGAAAAAACCUAAAAGAAUCACAUUUUUUAUCCUGUUGAAAAUGAAUUUAAUCUUCUAGAUAUACAUAAUGCUAUUGUGUUAUGCUAUGAAAUGCUUCCCCCUCCCCCAUGUGUUUACCCUUAUGAUUUUCUAAGAUCAGAAAAUCAUUCCUGAAAGUUGUGUUAAACUUUGAAAUGAUGAUCAAACGAACACCAGUGUGAAAGUCAUUUACUCAUCCUCCAUAUAUAACACUUGUAAAGAAAACGGUAUAAAAAGAAGAAAAAAAAGUCAAAAUACAUAAAACGUUGUAACAAAAAUAAAGUUGAUGUAUUCUCUGCUUGUGUAUAGUGAAUGUUCCUCGGUCGCUGGGUGUGGCAGUGAGUGGUGCACGCCAGUCGACUGUGACAGUGCAGAUCAGUUCAUAACUUUUUUUGUACACCUGCUUUUCAUUGUAAAGGUGAUAAUAGUGAAUCUUAUUAUUUCAUCUGGUAAUGUGUUUUGUUAAUAAGUCACAAAUAAAGUUUUUCUUAAAUAUC